UUGAGAGUUGUACGGCUGGGCGCUGUGGUUGAGUGAGGAUGAGCUGAAGCCGCAGGUUCUGGUUCUGGUAGCGGGUGAAGAUGGAGUUUGAGAGCCGGGUUUACCCGCAGGUCGGCGGGUUCGGCCGGUAUAACCGGGUCCUGGCGCUCUUCAGCUGGUUCCCGAGCUUCGCCGUGUCUCUGAAUCUGUUCUGCGACGUGUUCUUCACGCUGCUGCCCGAGUCCUACCACUGCCGGCCGGACCCCGCGCUGCUGCCCGCCGCCUUCCUGCUCAGCAACUUCUCCGGCCAGGCGCUCCUCAACCUGUCCAUCCCCUGGGUCCAGGGCUCGGGCCUCAGCCACUGCCAGCUCUACCGCUACCCGCACAACCUCACCGACCUCAGCGACCCGCUGCAGCGGGAGGCGGUGCCCUGCACCCGGGGCUGGCAGUACUCUAAACCCGCCGGGCUCCAGACUAACUUCGUGACCGAGUGGAACCUGGUGUGCGGGGACUACUGGAAGAUCCCCCUCCAGCACAUCUGCUUCAUGACCGGCUGGAUCCUGGGCUACGUUCUGCUCGGCACUGUGUGUGAUUGGGUGGGUCGCAGGAGGACUCUGCUGCUGUCCGUCUCUCUGUCCAGUCUGCUGGGAGUGGCUGUGUGUCUGUCUAACAGCCCUGCUGCCUUCCAGCUGCUCCGCCUGUGCCAGGGCGCCGUGCUCGCCGGAGUCUUCCUGUCCGCUCACAUCGCCCGUCUGGAGCUGUGUGAUCCUCCCCGCAGGCUGAUGGUCUCCAUGGUCAGCGGCUUCUUUGCGGUGUUUGCUGAGCUGUUGUUGCCGGGGCUGGCGGUGCUGUGUGGUGACUGGCCCGUGCUUCAGGCGGUUGCAACACUACCACUUCUGCUGCUGCUCUCAUACUGGUGCUGGGCCUCUGUAUUCCCAGAGUCUCCUCGGUGGCUUCUGGCCACAUCUCAGAUUCCUCAGGCUAAGAAAUGCCUGCAGCUGUUCUCCACCCGAAACGGAGCUUGUAUGAGGGAUGAGAUCUACCCAGCUGAGGCUCUUUUAACAGAGAUUGAUGUGGCUUUCCCUGAAGACCCACAGCCGCAGUACCAUCACGUCCUGGAGCUCCGGCACACCAGAGUUAUCUGGAGGAACUGCCUCAUUUUAGCAUUUACUCUCUUUAUUGGUACAGGGAUCCAGUACUGCUUCACCAGGAAUAUCCACCUCUACUCCUCUCAGUUCUACUUCGGCUACUUCCUGCGGACGGUGACGGGAGCCCUGGCCUGCGUGUUCCUGUGUGUAUUGGUGGACCGCGUCGGCCGUAGAGGCAUCCUGCUGCUGACCGCUAUCAUCACAGGCCUGUCCUCCCUGCUGCUGCUGGCCCUCACUCAGUAUCUACAUGGUGGGCUGGUGCUGGUGCUCUCGGUUGUGGGACUCCUCGCCUCUCAGGCUCUGGCCAUGCUCAGUGUGUUCUUCGCCAGUGAAGUCAUGCCUACAGUGGUGCGGGGUGGAGCUCUGGGUCUGGUCAUGGCCGCUGGCUCUGUGGGCAUGGCGGCCUCCUCUCUGAUGGAGCUGCAGAAUAAUGGCGGCUACUUCCUGCACCACGUGGUGUUCGCCUCCUUCGCCGUGCUGUCGGUGCUGUGCAUCAUGCUGCUGCCCGAGAGCAAGCGCAAAGCCCUGCCCGACUCCCUGAAGGACGGGGAGAACCUGCGGCGCCCGCCCCUCUUCCUGUCCCGCGGGGAGAGGGACAGCCUGCCCCUGCUGCGCACCCGCCAGCCCGCCUCAGAGUACAACCCCGACAACUACUCCCGCCUGGUCAGCGCCACCCGCAAGAUGCUGGCCAAAGAGUCUGUCCCGUACAAGAUCGUCAUCCCGUCCCAACCGCCACUGCUGCCCUGUACCGACACCCCACAGGCCGAGCCGGAAGACUCGUCAUAGCAACGGCAACGCAGGAGAGACACUUCGGUCACAGAACUGCACUGAUCGACCGAUUUUUUUUAAGACGAUUUACAGAACAUGCUGCUCGGAGUCGGGACGUAUGAGUUUUCUACAUAAUUCAGUCAGUGGCUUUACUGUAUUCUGUUUUAAACAGACAUUUCAUUUCAACUAAAAGCCAUUUCUGUGCCAAGAGACUACUUUAAAAUAAAACUCCUUUAUAAAGGGUAAAAAUAGUUUAUAAAUGCUUAUUAUUUAAGUUAUACAUGCUUUAAAAAUCAUUAAUAAGCACUUACAACACAUAAAACAUAGUAAGGGCAACAGUGAGCUAUUGUUUGCCAAAUAGAAUAAAAACCACAUCCUUUUAUACUGUAAAACCUCAGAUCUUUCAAUAAUACUUACAGUACCAGUCAAAAAAUUGGACACAUCUCUUCUAAUUGUGUUUCUUUUUUUAUGAUUUUCUAUAUUGUAAAUUAAACAAUAAAGACUAUAUUAAAGCUAUACAUGAACACAUGCAGAAUUAUUCUGUAAACAAAAAGUUUUAUUACAUUUAUAAACCCUUUAUAAAGCAGCCUUAUUUUAAAGUGGUAUCUGAGGCAACAAUGACUUUCAAUCUUUCCGUCUGCUGCUCGUCUGGUCAGAUCUUCAGCUGAUUGGAUGAUCCAUGCUCUGUGGAGAGGACAACGUAAGAGUAAAAUGUGAAAGUGAGGAGACAUGUUGAUAUUUAUAAAGUCAAAAAACUGAAGUCCAGCUACUUCUACUACUACUGGGACAACUGCAGCUCCUCUAAAGACAAUACAUUUUUGGAUAUAUUUGAUGGAAUAUUACAUUAUUUCUAUAUGAAUUUUUUGUUUUGUUUUGUUUGUUUAAAGGGUAAACAAAGUUUAGUUAAAGGUAAGUAAACUAAAAGACUGGACACAUUGUGUGAUGUACAGUAAUAUAACAUAUUGUUGUUUUGAGUCAAUGAAGAUAAUAAAUAAGACAAUUUAAUGCA